CAUGAAGAAAGGGUCAGCACACUGUGUCGCCGCAUACAAUGUCAUGGCACACGCAUAUAUGCGGCCCCUUUCCAUGCGUUGUGCAAUUUCAGGAGUGGUAGCCAAUUGUUUAAGCAGUGGAUCGCAGCGAGUUCGCCCUCUCAUGGCUGGAUUGCUCGAACCUUGAGAGAGCGAUGCCUCUCGCAAAUGCGACCCUCAUCCUCGUCAUCUAAAAGGUUGUUGUCAUCAUCUGUUGUGUGGUGUAUAUGGUGUUGAGUACUCACCCUCAGAUGUAUGGGUUGUAUCUGAUUCUUGACCAAGAGGUGAGGAUAGGAAAGGAGACGACGGGGUGCGGCGUUGAUUUCUUCGCCUUUGCCUAUGCGCCCCUUUUCUUCUUCUUCGUCUUCUUCGCUCGGUCCCACCGACCACGCGGGGCGGCAUUCCAACUCCGCCCAUCCUCGAUGCGAGCCCCUCGCCUCGUCGCCGCCUCCGGACAAGGGACUCAGCCGCCAAGCUCGCCUGACUGUUGGACCAUCGAUCGCCCCUUCCCUCAGCAUAGACGCCUCCUCCUCUACCAUCCCCCCCUGCGGCAAGGACAGACGCACAGGAGAGGACGACGACGAUCUCCACCACCACCAAAGACGCAAAGAGGUGGUGCCCGUCUCGUCUUUCAGUCAAACAACCACUACAGUCCAACCACGGGCACAGCUGCGCCAAGACCUCUGCUACAGUCAAUACCUCUCGCUUCCCACGCCUACCUCGUCCUUCCCCACACCAACGCGCACCCUUCGUCUUCUUUGCCCUGCAGGCUCAGACGCUUUCUCGGUGGCUGAGCUGCCUCACACUCACCUACAAGCAUGGUACGCGAGUUCAACUUCUCCAAUGAGGCCAACAACAGAGCGGCAGGGACCAUCUCAGCGGGCUUGUAUGAGCGCAAAGUGACUCCUCUUCCUUUACCUGACACACCCUCCCUCUUGUGUCCGCUGAUACAGCUCUCGACUGCACAGUAC